AUGGUUUCGGUGGCAGAUUUAGUCACAGAAUUACAUUGCAAUAUUGAUGAAAUUCAUAAAACUAUCGCUCUAAUAAGUGAUACUUCAUAUCAUGAUGCGGAAAUUACACGACUCGAAAGGGAACGCGAUGAACAGCUUCGACAACUGAAGAUGGCUCAUGAGGCCGCAAUGAAAGAGGCGGAGGACGCACGAUUAAAGCGGGAAAAAGAAAUCGAGGAAGAAAUUCAGAGAGAGGAGCAAGAGAUAGCGGAGAGAAGGAAACGUGAAGAUGAGGGGAGGAAGUUGAGAAUUGAGAAUGCAAUGGAGGAAAGGAAAAAGGUAAGACAAGAGGAGGAAGAGAAGAGAAAGGCCGAAUUUGAAAGUCAGCAUAAAGGAGUUGAAGAUGGAAUCGAUGACGAGAUGGAAAGAUUGGAGGAUGCAUUGGAGAAGCGAAUGACGCAUGGUCAGAAAGCUUUAGAGGAUUUAGAUGCUGCUAGAAGAAAAAUCAACAGACAAAUCGAUGAGCAACUCAAUGUUCCGACUGUACUCCCUGUAAUUCAAUACAAGAGUCGCAGAAAGAUCUUAUUGAAUAAGCGAAAGUCAGAUCUGUCAUUGGAAAACCAGAAAGUCAAGGAUAUUGAGGAAAAUGGACAAAACAAUCCGGAAUCAAACGCAGACGUAAUGCUUGAUUUGGAUGAGCACAAACACGAAGACCCUCAGCACGAUGGGACUAAUGUUGCAGACAAUGAAAGAGACCUUGCGUUAGAGCCAGUCAAGGAUUUUGGGUUACAGCGAGAUUUCGCACCAGCAGAAGAGGCUGUUCAACCAGAGCAAGAGGCGCAAUUCCCAGAGGUAGAACAUGUUGAAGAAGUAUCUCAGCCUGCCGAGGAAACUCACAGUUCAGUGGCCGAGGAGAAGCAUAUUGAAAUUGAAGAACCACGAGUUGCUGAGCCAGAACCCAAGAUUGAGAGCAUCGAGUUAGAACCACAAAAUCAGCCUCAACAAGACACGGUACAGCCUGUUGAAGAUGUACUAGAGGAGAACCAUGAAUUUCCUGCAACUUCCGGUGCCGAGACACUCCCAGCUUCCGAUGACACUCCAACUGCUCAAAUCGAGGAGAAUAAUUCGGCCGAGACAACACAAAAUGAAACCAAUGAUACUCUAAAGCGAGACAUUCUCUUAGUGGAACCAGAAAUUGACGAGGAUGCCGUUGAAGGGAGCCAAUCUACUGAAAUUUCUUCCGAAGAUGCCAAGGAUGCCACAAAGCCAGAAAACACACCGCUAGAGAUAGCUAAGGAAGUCGAGGCGUUUCCAGCUCAUGAUUUAAAUGAAUCUCCGGAAGACAGAGCAGCCAGGGAGGAAAUAGCUAAGCUGAAUGAGGAGAUUCGACGAGCUAUGGAAGAGGAAGCUGCUGAAGCAAUGAUACCUCAUGAAGAAGCCAAGGAUGUUUCUCGAGAUGUAGGGGAGGAAAAGUUGACUGAAUCGGAAGCUUCACAUGCUCCUGAAAAUGUUACGACUCAGGAUUUCGCCAAUGAACCUUCUUCGGAAAAGAAAGAAUUCAGAGAGGAAGAUGCGUUUCCUCAGGUAGAAAGCACGCCAGUAGUCACUGAGACCGUCAAUGUUUCAACUGUAAAUGCGGAUUUUGAGACAGAUGUGAAGCCCGAGAUAAAUGAGAUCGAGAGCGCUCAACAAAAUUUAGAUGCCCCAGACAAUGACACCGAGAAUAAGGAAAUCCUUGAAUCAGAAGAGCAGGCGAAAGACACGACAGACGAAUUUAUUCAAAUACCAACUGAGGGGCCACACCUAGGUGAAGAGCCGUCGUCCGAGCCAACACUUUAUGCUGAUCAAACUCCUGAAGAUCACGAGCCCUCACAUAAUGAGACAUCGUCUAUUCAUGAAUCUACAAGUGGAACUGAGAACAGCACAGUCGCAGAGACACUCCUGAAUUUGAAGGAAAAGGCAAUCUCACCUCCUGUUGCAGUUGAAGAGGCUACAUUAGGCAAUCAAGAUCAUGGAAAUGCAGAGAUGGAGAAUGAAAUUGUGCUCGAAGAAUCCUCAAUAUCAGAUGAGGAACAUGACAUGAAUCAAUCGUCAACAGAAACAGAGAUGGUCCACGAACCGGAAUUCGAGACCAAAGAGCCUGCUACUUUUGGGGAAUCUGAAGCCGAGGCAACUCAAAUCCCACUUCCAGAACCAGAGGAGACAGAGGCUGCUCUACUUAGUGAGGAACCAGCACAAGAUUCUAAUUCCUUGUCAAUUGAUGAAUCGGAUAGCGAAGAAAGCCAGCAGAAAAUCAUUGAACCAUUGAGCACUGAAGAUGUCAAUCAGGAACUUGUGCCUGCACCGACUGACACUACUCUCCCAGUAAAUGAUGAGACGCCGACUACUGCUGAGGAGAACAUUAUUGGCGAGCAGACGUCCGAAUCCAACGUAUUAGAAAAGGAAGUGGAAGUUAAAACCGAUGGGUUAGUCCCAGAACAAGACCUCAUUGAGCGAAAUGUAGAAUCUGAGAAAGACGGCGGAGAUACUGCAAGCAGAGAGUUGAACACUGAAGAAAGCCAGGAGGAACCCUCUCAAGUCAUUUUGUCCGAGGCAGGAGAGAUGAAAAGCAGUUCAGAUGAAACUUUUUUGCAAUCAGAGCCAGCGCCGGAAGUGGUGCAGUCUGAUAUUGAGAGCCAUGAGGCUUUUGAAGAUCAUAUAUUAUCUACCGAUUCUCAGCUUGCUGCCGAAAGUAAUGAUGAUAUCAACGAGAAUGCUGUUUCGGUACAGGAAGAGCCUCGUGUCAAAGAUAUUGAUAUUGAUACUCUUACAAACUUUACAGCCGACGCCGAUUCAGAUGAUGAGACGAAGCUCGCAGAAACUCGUGAUAUCGCUUCGGAUAAUAACGCCAAGGAAACCGAGGUAGACUUUGAGCCGGUUGUUACUCUUCCUGACCAUAUUCAAGAUGCUCAAGAAAACCCACAGGAGACAGUUGAGAGUGAGGAAAUAGGCACACAUCAGCUGAAUGGCCCAGUUAAUGACGACAUAGCUAAGGAUGAAAAUUGUAUCAGCGGAAUAGCUGUUGAUAGCAAUUCAGACAAACUUCCGCAGACCAGUGAUGAGGCCGUUCAAUUAACAGGUCACAUCAAGUAUCGUAUUAACGAGCUGGAAGCUGCCACGCAGGAGGGCGAAGAUGUAUUGAAGGUUCAGCCCGAUGAUGAAGAACGAGCGGUUACUUUCGGAGCCCCAGUUCCUGAUACUGAGAACAAGAAUCUAGAAAUCGCCGAGGAGAAGAUAGAACCACUACCUGAUUUCGAUAUUCAAGAGCGUGUCUCAUUUAUUGAAGAUUUAAACACACCUGGUCCUGAAGAGUUUGAAGGCACUGGAGAAGCGACCUUGACUUUGGAUGUUGGGUCUCCACUUCCCUCUCCGACAAUUCCAAAAGUCACCAGCAGCAGUGAAGAAAGCACCCGAGCGGAAGGUGAUGUUGUUUCACAUGCUAUGGACUUGGAAGUAGGAAACCACCAAGAAGGACACUCUGAGGUUAGCGACUCUUCCCCGGCUCAGCCAGAUGAUGAAGUGGUACUGGAGACGCCAAGUCCAAUGCAAUCCGAAAUGGAUGAGCAUGCGGAAGUGGCUAAGAGUGAGCAAUCGACUUCGGGAGAUGAUGCAUCGAUACAUCAAGAGGUCGAAGAACCUUCCAAAAAGGCAGUUGAUCAUACUCCAUUCGAGAGCCAAGAGCUUCAUCAACUAAAAGACCUGCAUUCUAAUUCUGUGGAGGACUCUGUGCAAGAAAAUAAUGAUCAGGACCAUGAAACCUCCCGGGAGAUUAAUAUGCAACCUGAAAGUAAGAGCUUUGGUCCUCAUUUUGAAAACACCACCUUUGUUCCAGAGACGUCUGCAUUAGGACAUCCGAUAGAUGAAGUUUCCGAAGUGCCAAAUGUGGUCGAACAGGUAAAUCCUGAGACCCAUGACGAGCCGGUAAUUGAAAAAGAAGGCGCAGAUGGUGAAAAUACUGAUGCUGUUCAUGUAGAUGAAGAAAUUGACCAGACAAAAGAUGAUCACGCUGAAAAGUCCGGAGAAUUCAAUCAUCCAAUGAUCACCCAGACAACGAUUAUACCAGAGUCAAGCCCGAGUGCUUUGACAAUUGCUGAAGCCAUCGACAGUAAAUCAUUACGUCAAGAAAACGAACAGCCAGCCGUUGUCGAAGAUGAAGAGGUUGAUACUUUACCGGAAGUAAAACCCACUAGCCAAGAUACUUCAUCGCAAUCCCAGCAUAUACAACACGAAGACCCCGAAGAUGUUCGUGCUAGAGAGGAAGUUGCUCGUCUAAACGCAGAAUUUUUGAAGGCUAUCGGAGAGGAACAAGCUGAUGAAUCUGCCGAAUCAAUUUUAGGGAACGAUGACAAGAGUGUGGAUGAAAAUGAAACCAUUAAAGAAGAACAAGAGAAACCGAGAAGAGAGAGUGCAGAGGACAGCGCAGCGAGAGAAGAGAUUGCAAUUUUGAAUGAGCAAGUGAGAUUGCUAAAUCAACAACGACAGAAUGUGGGUGAAUCUGCUGAGACUGAAGGUGUAAAGGAUGAAAGUCGCGACGUUUCUGAGGAUAGUGAACCUCAAAAGCCUGAAUCGAAACAACCAUCGAUCAACCUGAGUGAAGUUCAUCAUAGUGAAUAUAUUGAAGAUCGGGAAGUCAAUGACAUACCCACCUCAUCAGUCCAGCAACACGAGAACCCGAAAACUUCCGGUCAAUCUGACCUUAUCUUGAAUCCAGAAAAUGGAAUAGAACAAACCAUCGAUGAAUCAAGCCAAGAGAUCGAGGAUUUACAGCACGAACAUGAAGCUCACGAACUUCAAGAUUCCGGCUCGGAAGGUGAAGAAACCGAAUUUCAUUCUGAAAGCGAGGAUGAGUGGGAUGGUUCCUUAGAGGAUGAAGAUGAACCGCUUCCUUAUCUUGAGACUAUUCACGAAGAAUCACAUGAAAGUGUUUCUCAUAUUGAAGAUCACAACGAUGGGGAUGAUGGAGCAGAAGAAAUGUCAACGAGUAGAUUUUUCCAUCCACAUUGGAAAUAUGAGGAUUUGGAUGAUGAGCUUCUGAAGGAGAAAAGUGGAUCCGAGCAUGCUGCGAUGGAGUACAAUAGUUCUCGUGGUUUACAAGAUAUCCCAGCCGAGGAAUCUUUCCAUAACCCGCAAGUUGAGGAACGUCACGUGGAGCUAUCGGUUUUACCUGACAUCGGUCAUAGUGAAGCAGGUCAAUAUUCCGAGAAUUUCAUUCCAGAAGUCGAGGAUUCAGAAAAUAGUCCAUUAGUCUUAGAGUCCAGAAACUCAGCUGAUAAGGAUAUCUCACUAAAAACUCUCCAAGCUGGAUUAGAGCCCCAGAAUGAAAACAGUCUUGGAGUUUCGAGGCCUCGAUUGAACCGACCACAAACCCCAAUGGCAUUCUUUUCAAAUGUUUCCAAUGAUAAAGAAGUGGAAUUGCCUCACAUCAUCAACGAUACGGAUGUAUUAACCGAUGAUGAGGAGUCGAAAGAAACAACGGAGAAUAUAAACCAUUCUAAUGCUACGGAUCUACCACGAGUAUUAGAGCCAAGCCCUAUUUUGGACGAGAACCUUGAAUAUUCUAAGCAGGAGGAACCGGAAUCGCUAAUCCAAAAUAACAACCUUACCCCAGAAGCUACCCCUCGACGUCCAACACCACUCUAUCGUCGAAGUAGUGAUUUGAGUCCAGAACAUGAAGCAGUGUUCUCAAGAGUUUCUAAGAUUCGGAAUAGUCUAACUCCUUCACCUGAACCCCAUCAAUCGUCAAAUAUUGCACUAAGCCCUAGAUCACCAUCUGGGGGAUUUCCACCUGAUGAACAUCGAAAUUGCUUAGAUGCUUCUAUCAACAGCGCAUACAAUGGGUGGGGAUAUUCUACCUCAGAUGAAGAUCACCCCCAAAACGACUACGGAACUCAAUUGAACAAUGACAAUGGUCGUAACCGUUCUCAUACUGUUGAUACAGUUCCUUCUUUUGAACAUUAUGCAUCGGAUGAUGGUGAUUCGGGACCUGCAACUCCACCUCAAAAACUGCAGUAUUCUGAUCCCGUGACUCAGCAACCGCAUAUUAGUCAAAUGAUAGCGUCAGAAUUACAAUCUUCGGAAGGAUGGUCAAUUCCCAAUGAUGAUACCCAGGAUUCAGCAAAUCAGGAGCAAAAUAAUGACGAAGUGAUUAAAUCCCCAAAUCUUCAAGAAACAGCGGAAUUCGAUCCUUUCAAUCCACAAGAAUACAAAUCUCCAAUACCAAGCCCAGAACAUUCAUCGACAUUUCAUGUAAGCAAUGUACAUGUCGAUCAGGAAUAUCCUCCAACUUUGUCAUCUAAUCCACCCUCCCUCAUAUUGCCUGAAAAGAUUUUAGGCUCGAAUGCACCAGCCUCUAGCGCGAUAUUUACAUCACAAACUCCAGUCCGAAUGGAAGAGAAAUCAGUUUCUCAGCUCCCUCCAAAUGUCUAUUCUGUUCCUUGGACACAAAUAGAAGGCCCAUAUAAAGCGCCAAAUCAAGAAAAAGAAACAGCGUCUCCACAACGUAAUUCAAGACCAGUUAGUUCCAUCUUCGCUAGAACACGCUCGCUAUUUGAAUCAGCAGGUACCAAUGAUUCAACCCCAGCUAAACCAAGACCAUUAUCUGGAAUGAGCAUAUUUAAUGUCGCAUCGCCAUCUCGCUCGACACCUUCUUCUACACCUGCUCAAAGUCGUCCACAUAGUCUCUCGUCCUCGAGUUUGCGUAGCGCGAACGGUUCUAAGAGAUCGAGUCUUUAUCUAGCGGAAAAUGCACACGCAAAUGCAAAUGGAACUGCGAAUUCGAACAUAGAUUAUGAUCCAAACACCGAUGCGGAUUUCUUGCCAAAGAGUCUAGAUGGCGAUGGAAGAUUACCUAGUCCAGCAUAUGGAUUACCUGGACAUAGAAGUAGUAGUAGUUUUGAUAAGGAGAGAUUGUAUGGUGAUGAGGAGGAUCCUUAUUAUACGCAGAAAGGGGGGAAUGCUGGUAGUUUUAUGGGGUUGGGGGGUGUUACGAGAGGAGGUGGUGUGGCGGAGGAUGAACCGUUGUUGAGGGGUGAGAAGUGA